UUUUAUUUUAUCUCCGUAAAUCAAGAUGACUGGUCAGAGAGAAAAGCUUAUCUUGUCGAAGGAAGAUGUCAACAACAACAACAACAACAACAAUGGGACUUGGAGUAAUUCAGUUCCUACUUUUUCUGACCUUCCAUCAUGCCUUUUGGAAUUGAUACUGUCAUUUCUUUUGUUAAAAGAUAACAUUAGUGCAUCUGCUGUCUGCAAGGCAUGGCGUACGGCCGCUGAGUAUGUUCGGGUUGUUGAAAAGCAUCCGUGGGUUAUCUACAUUCCUCUCUGUGGCACCUUGAUUGAUCUCUUCGAUCCUUUACCGUGGAAAAGGUACACACUGAAUCUUCCCGAGAUGGAUGGAAGCUUUGUUUGUUACUCGAAAGAUGGCUGGUUGCUUAUGCGCAGAACAAACCUUGUGGACUUGUUCUUCUUCAAUCCGUACACUCGGGAGCUCAUAACAUUGCCAAAGUAUAACUCGCAAUUUCAGAAGAUUGCUUUCUCUUCUGCCCCUACAUCGGGUACUUGUGUGUCAGUCACGUUAAAUUUUUCGUUGAAAUAUCUCCUGUCCAUAAGAAUUUGCUAUCCUGGAGCAACUGAGUGGAUUACUAUGGAAUUUCCUUUCUCCCUUGAUUUUGACCCCUUUAGGCAUAGCAACCUCAUCUAUGCCAAUGAUCACUUUUUUUAUUUUACGGGAGGAAUUUUAUUUGAAUUUGACCCAGCUACCCGCACACUGAAUCAUCAAGCCUGGGAUGAAUAUAGACGUCCCCAUGGGAGGUUUUUUUACUUGAUGGAGCAGAAAGGAGAGCUCUUUCUCAUGUAUGCGUGUGGAAGCGUUACACCAAAGGUGUAUAAAUUAUCUUCUUCGAAAUGGGAGGAGAUAAGUAGUGCUACUUUUGACGGGUUAACAAUCUUUGCAAGUCGCUACUCCUCUGUGACGAGAAUGGAUGUUUUAGGGUUGAGGAACAGUGUUUAUUUAGCGAAGUAUGGUUCAUAUGGCAUGCAAUGUGAAUUCUACUCGUUUCGUGAAGGUAGGCUUCUAAAACCAUUAAUAGUAUCACAAAUGCUGGAUGAGCCAAACUUUGUUGAGGGUCUUUGGAUCGAACCACCACCGUGCAAGGAUGUUUUAGAUUUUAAGCUAAGAAAAGGGAAGGCAAAGGUAACUAUUGCGCUUUGA